UAUUGGUUGUAGGUUAUAUAAAAAAGGCGAAAUAUUUAAAAUGUUUUAAUUUAUUAGUAAAUAAUUCGUGCUAUCAAUAAACUGUUCGAAGUGUGAAAUGGCUUUGUUUAAGAAUAAUUUAGUGAAAAUUCAUCAGUGCUGCCGAGCGUACUCUGUAUUAAACAGGGUUUUAGAUAAAAGGUUAAAGCUAUACACUUCUGCGUCAAUUCUUACUAAUACACAACGAUGGUUGUUUCAUGAGAGUGAACGUAAAGGUGGAUAUAAUACAAAAGAAGAUGUAUCGACGCUCACACACAUCAAAAAUGGUUUCAAGGAAUUAAAAUCAGAAGUAAAACUAUGGUUGCAAGAAAUGAAAGACUUAGCCCUGACCGAUCCAUUACUUAUCGCCAGACCAGGUGAAACCGACCUAAUCUGGUGUUUCAACGAGCGCUCGGUCCUGGACAAGUUCGUGACGACAAGCGACAGCGACCACAACGAAGGCUACAGCACAUGCAAAUUGGACAUGAGUCCCGCGGGCCGGGCCCUGUUCCACGGAUAUCUCGACACUAGGGUACCCAAGGAUGGAAGGAUUAAGAAGGCGGGGUAUUGCGCUUUAAGAUCGCAGCGAACCCGGAAAUCAUUCAAACGUGAAUCCACUUUCGACUGGCAUCUAUACAACACACUGGUGAUAAAGAUACGCGGCGACGGGCGCUCCUACCUGCUCAACCUGUCGUGCGAGGGCUACUACGAUAUCACGUGGAACGAUAUCUACCAUUACGUCCUGUACACCAGGGGAGGGCCUUACUGGCAAAUUGCUAAGAUCCCGUUUUCGAAGUUUAUUCUAGGUUCGAAAGGCAGGCUCCAGGACAAGCAAGUCCGGGUGCGGUUCGACAGAGUGACGCAUUUCGGCAUCACCUGCUGCGACAAAAUUAAUGGCGAAUUCAAUUUAGAAAUAGAAUAUAUUGGUCUAGAAUUCGAUCCAACGCAUGAUGAGGAAUUUGCAUAUGAGAUGUACAAAACGGAAAAAUAUAUCGUCGGUGUUUAAGUUACUUACCUAUUUAUGUUAAC